AUGGAGCUGUUAAAUGAUGCUAUUCAUGGUAAAAAGAUCUGGGCAUUUAAAUUAAAGGUUUCAUUAAAAAACUAUGGAUAUGGAUAUCUUUGGGAAAUACGGGACAGUAUUACUGACGUGAGACGCAAAUGUGAGAAAGGUGAAUUUAAAUGUUCCAAUGGUCAAUGUAUAGAUUCGAAAUAUGUUUGUUACAAUGGUAAAAGCAUAGGAAGAAAUGGUUGUGUCGAUGGCUCGCAUCUCCUGCAUUGUCAUAACCAUUCGUGUUCCACGGGCCAGUAUAAAUGUCCACGAUCAUAUUGUAUUGACGAAACAGAAAAGUGUGACGGACGAAUAGAUUGUAAGAUGACUUACGCUGAUGAAUUUGACUGUGGUUUCAAAUGCCCUUAUCCGGAUAUGAAAUGUGAUUGUCUUGACAUAGAUAUGGACUGUGAAAAUAGAAAUCUAACUCGCCUACCACAAGACCUUAGUAAAGAGGAUUUAACAAAAUAUAAAUUGGGCGGUAACAGAAUACGGAUAACGCAGACAAUGUUUGCAAACCUCAGCAAAAUUGUUUUAUUGGAUAUGAAUUAUAAUGGAAUAAGAAUAAUUCCAGACGGAUCAUUCAAAAGUUUGUGGAGGCUCUUUACAUUGAAUUUGGAAAAUAAUCUGAUAGAAAAUAUAAGCAACGGAACUUUCAAAGGGCUGACAAAUCUUAGGACACUGUACUUAAGCGGAAACAAAAUACGGGAGAUUACCCCACUAGGCUUUAUCGGGUUGUCAAAUCUUCAUCACUUAAAUUUAAGUUACCAAGCUUUAGAGAAGCUCUCUCUAAACACAUUUACGGGUUUGAGAAAUGUCAGGACGCUGAAUUUGUCUCACAAUUUCAUAUUACAAGUGGAUGAGGGAGCCUUUAAUGGUCUUGAAAAUCUUAAAUUCUUAGACUUGUCCUUUAACGAAAUCACUACGUUACAGACCCAUGUGUUCAACGGGUUAAAACUUCUAACAUUUCUGGAUGUAUCUAACAACAGGAUUGAGAUACUAGAGGACAACGUGUUCAAUGGUUUACAAACUCUAGAACAUCUAUACACAGAUGAGUUUAGAUUUUGCUGUGCUGCCCAGAUUACUGGUGAAUGUUUACCAAAACCUGACGAAUUCUCAUCCUGUACAGAUCUUAUGUCUAACUUUGUUCUGCGAGUCAGCAUAUGGAUUCUUGGCCUGGUCGCUUUCUGGGGGAAUAUUGUGGUCGUUGUAUGGAGAACACGUGACCUGAGAAACGGAAAGGUGCACUCAUUCCUUAUUACAAACCUCGCCAUUGGUGAUUUCCUCAUGGGUGUUUACAUGAUGAUUAUUGCAAUUGUUGACUUCUAUUAUCGCGGAAACUACAUACUUCACGACCGAUUUUGGCGGGAAAGUGAAUUGUGCAAAUUCGCGGGCUUUAUAUCGACAUUCUCGAGCGAGUUGUCGGUCCUUACACUGACUGUGAUCACGCUGGACAGACUUGUUUGUAUAAUAUUUCCCCUGCACUUUAGACGACUAAAACUUAGAGACGCAUCCUACGUCAUGUGUUUUGUAUGGGCUCUCGUCUUGGCGAUUUCCGCUGUUCCGUUGACUGGAAUUGAUUAUUUUGGAAAUUUCUACGGACGUUCGGGGGUGUGUCUAGCGUUCCAUAUCACAAGCUCCAAACCAAAGGGCUGGGAGUACUCAGUGGCGGUGUUUCUUGUUUUGAACUUUAUAUCAUUUUUAGUGAUAUUUUUCUCCUAUCUACGUAUGUUUUUCGUUGCUAAACAGACUCGAAGCGCUGUCAGAAAAAUACAAGAUAAAAAUGAUAGUGCUAUGGCACGCAGGAUGACCAUCAUUGUCGCAACCGACUUCUUUUGUUGGGUUCCAAUCAUUCUUUUAGGUUUUGCAUCGCUUGGAGGAGCGGAAAUUCCAAUAGAGGUGUUUGCUUGGGUAGCUGUGUUCGUCCUCCCUUUGAACUCGGCUGUGAACCCCGUGCUUUACACAAUAUCAACACCGCCAUUCUUACGUCACUUCCGGAAAAGAGCCAAUAUCUUCAGGAAGUCGUUCAAAUUAUCAUCAAAAAUUGAAACAAAACAUAGCUUUCUAGAAGACCGCUCUUCACAUGUUUUGGACCGGAAGCCGAAAUAUCGCCAUCUUGAAUUGAUGCGCAUGCGCAGUAUGAAUAACUGUUACACUCCAUGUCAAAGUCAUUCGACGACCCAUUCACAUUCACAUUCGGAUCAUUUAUUAUAAAAUUGAACAUUUUAUUUUCUUAUUAGUUUCGUUAUUGUCUUCUGUGUAUGUUUGCAGGAUACGUUAAAUUUAAUUUUUUAGAAGUGAUUGAAAUUAAAAAUAAUGAGUGCCUGCGCGUGUGCGUGCGUGCGCGUGCGUAUUUGAAAGGAAGUGAAUAAGGAUGUAGAAUAAUUAUGUAAAAGAGGAAAUUUUUAUUGCAUUUCUCCUAUUUAUAAUUGUUUCUUUUCAUUGUGGGCGGGGAUGUUGUUGGUGUUUUUGUUUUUCUGUUAAAGCUAUCAAAGCUAUUUUUUGUAAAUACAUAUUUAAUUAUCAUCUUUGAGAUGCUGGGUUCAGUGCACACGUCACAUUUGUGCCACCGUAUAAUACCCAGACUGUAUUUUAUUUUAUUCUAUUUUUUGUGAAUAAAUCACAACUUUUUUGGGGUGGGGGCAGUAUUUUUAUAUUCAAAGUUAUUUUGUUAUUUAUAGUUUUACUGUUGGGUCACUCAAUUUUUAUAGACUAUACUGCCCAAAGAUAUUUGGCGGGUAGUUUCUCUUUGUGGUCUUCAACAAACUUUACAUAAAUGACUCAUUUUUGUACAAUAUUCAUUGUGAUGUAAGAGGCGAUGAAUUCUAAUCCAGUUACCUCUCUGGCGUGGGAUCGAUCCCCGGGAUAUGCUUUGGUAGUUAAGCGCGGAGGAAGGUAGUCUAGUACUGGUGUAACUCUCCAGGAACGAUGGUUAGGAAACUACCUGCCUAUAUGACUGAAAUACUGUUGGGAAAAGGCGUAAAAUGAUACAAAAAACAUUGUGAUGUUCCAAGAUAUCAUUGGACAUGGUUCCACGUGAUUUUAGAAUGAAUGAUCAUAUAUUUUUUAGUACUUAUGUAAUCUAAUCCAUAAAAGAGAAAGAUUUGUUUUUAAAGGGACACAACUGAAGUUUAUUGUUAUGACGGGACUGAGAUUAAUAUUCCAUUUGAUGUAGGUCUAGAUCAAUAUCUUGUGUGCAAAAUGUCAAUCGUUCACUCCGUUUUUCCGGAAUAAUUAUUCUAGUUAAGAAUAAAAUUGAACCAACAUUAAAAAACACUUUUACUCAAAUCGGACAGAAAAUAGCAUUAAAAUACGUUUUUUUAAUUAUUUCUGAGUAUAUUUGUUUUUAAUCUUUAGCAUAUCUGUCUGUUUUAAAUUCACCAGCAUAUAUAUGUAACAAAAUCAGAUUUCAUGGGGAUAGGUUAAAUUAUAGUGGAGUUCCUUUAAUAAGGAAACAGUCUAAGAGUUUUAUGAUUACAAAAAUGAACGCUUGAUUUGCCAACUUUACUUUUUGUAACAUUAUUUUGACGUCGGUAAAUAAGGAAGUUUAUCCUGAUUUCACUCGUACAUUUUCUUCAAACACGCUUCCGAUAGAAAAGAUAAAUUAUAAACUUCACAAAAAAUAUAAUGAACAGCAUAAAGCCUAAAACAUAAAAUUUUGAAAUUCUUACAUAGAUCAACUGCGAGCACUUGAAAUGGAAUAUAUGCUAAGGAUGAAACUAAGAAUUUAAUUGAAAAUCAACUUUUGUGUCUUAAAUUAUGUUUUGUCCAAUAUAAUUGCUGUAUUUUGAAAUUCUUUGUACAUCGUUAUUUUUUUUGCAAAUCGCCUAAUUAUAGAAUAAUCAGUCUGUUACAUAAUUGUUUAUAAGAAAAAUAAUUUCAAACAAUGUGCCGUUUAUUGACCAAUGUUAUUUUGUAAAUGCUUACUAAACUUUACUUAAGGCGAUACUUACAUCAUUAAACGAUUUUUGUUUUGGGCCACUGUGCUCAUUAGAAAUAAUAAUUCUUUAAAAAAAAAGCGAAUUCGCGAGUUAGCGAAUUAUUGGUAAUUUUGCACACUAGAUAUUCGUCUUGACCUUAGUUUGUGGUCAAUUUUGCCAUAAAAAUAAUCAUUAAAGAAAAACUGAGUGAGCGAAUGAUCUGAAAUUUUGAACACAAGUUACCAGUCUAGACCUACAUCAAACAUAAUAUUAAUCUCGAAAAAUCAUUUCCAGUCCAGUUAUGUAAAACAAAAAUCUCAGUGGAGUCCCUUUAAUCAAAUUAUACAAAUGUCUUAAAAAAAUUUCAAAUCAAGACAUGUCAAAACAUCUCAGUGACGUUUUUAAAUGAUUUACAUGCUGAACAAAAAUUACUGAAUGACUGUGAUGCUUCUGUAAUGCUUCUGUAAUGCUUCUGUAAUGCUUCUGUAAUUAGGUGUUCGACAAGAAAACAUGUGAAGUUGUGCAAUAAAAUAAUAUGUCCGUGUGUUGAUUGAUGACGCCAAUAUAAAUAAUAUGUAGAUAGUUAUGAAUGUUAAAUUUAUUCCUGUUAUCUCUUUUCCCGUGCCAUUUUUUUAAAAAUGUAAUCAUAAUAAUAUAAUGUUAAUAAUGUAAUAUAAAUCUUGUUAAUUAAUUAAAAUACGUGUCAAAGGUGAUAUUUGUUAAGAAUAAGACUACAUGUAUUGUUAAUUAAAUAUUGUAAAUUUAGUAUUUGGGUUUAAGUAUUAAUUCUUUUCUCAAUACAUUUAAUUAAAUUAUGUAUUUACUUUUUUAACUAAGUGAAACUAUUAAAACUAUCGAAAGGUCAUAUUUCUCAACUAUGUUUCUUUUUUGGGUGUGUGUGGGGGAGAGAGUAACUUUAUAUUUUACCCGUUUUUUAAUUGAUUUCCAGUUUUGUUCUGAUAAUCGUUUUCCAGUUACAUUUUUAUAAUCAGUGUCAAUAUUGGUCAUAUUCUACAAUUCCUUACUAUCGGGGAUGGUUUCAAGUGUUGUUCUAAUAAUCGUUUUCUUUAAAAACUUAAGUCUUCAUUUCAUAUAUUACGUUUUUCCCCUUUUACACAUCAAACACCUCGCAGUUCAUUUUGUAAACAGGGUGGCGUUUGCACGUGCAGCACGAGAAAUAGAUGACGCAGUUUUAUGAUUUGCGCAUUUCGUGUUUAUCGUGCACAUGUCUUUUCUUCUACAUACAUUGAGAAGUAAAUAUAAAAAGGAAUGAUACAAUAUGACCAAUAUUGACACUGAUUAUAAAAUGUAAGUUUAUGUUUAUGUAAUAUAUAGAGGAUAUUGAAUGAGUGCAGCUUCUAUACAGUUUUAUUGAACGAGUUGAAUAAAAUUAUGUUAUGCGAGCCUCUGGUUUACGUUGGGAUUUUUCCAACAGAAAAUAAAGAUGACGGCGGCUUUAAUCAAAUGGUGAGUAGUAAAUAUUUUUGAGAAAUUUGAAUGGGGUAUGACACUGGCAAAUUAAUAGAUGCACCAUACUAAUGAUUUUUCUUUUUCGUUUUUUCUUCUUCUUUUCCUAUAAAAUUAAUGAUAAACUAGCAAUUUAGUGUUUUCAGGUUUAUUCAAAAUGCAGUUUUCCAUUUCGAUCACGUUGAAAACGAAAUCACGUUUCAAGAAAUAACUUAUAUUUUCACGGGAGUAAAUUCUAAUAACAUGGUGAUUUGUAGUGUUUAGGUUAUUAUUUCUGUUUUGAAGGGCAAAAUAUGUUAUGAAUAAAAUUCUUGUACAGAUAUGUUUUACUGUUUCAUAGAAAUAUAUAAACGUUUACAGUUUGAUUAAUUUUUUGUUAAUUGAAUUGACAUUUAAAUUUGUUAAAUUAUUAUGAUAUGUACAUAUAUCUGUGGUUCAUGAAAGAGUGACAUUGUUUAAAUAAAAGUGUAUAAAGUGGUA